UACAUUGUAAAUUUGUUUGCGCGACCGCAAAUACUCCGUUAACGACAGCGAUACGAGUUCGUUUGCCAAGGACAGUCAUUACCGAAAUUAUAGAUUACCACGAUCGCUCCCCUCUCGAAUCCAAAUUGAAAUCCACGAAGUCGCCACGAGCUCCACGCUCGCUCCCGCCACUAAGGUUUCUGGUGCAGGUGGCGGUACUAACCUAAACUAGACAACACGCCAAUUAAUCGUCCGGCGUCCACGAUUCCACGCGCAUAAAUUGAAAUCGCAUCACAGGCACCCUAGUCUGAUAACUCAUCCAAAUCUCCGCGAUGGCGCAAAAAGUGAUGGAACUACGGGAACACCUCGACCAGUCUCUGCGGGAUGAAACCAAGCCACUAGGACAGAUCUUCGGCAAAUUGGAGGCACAAACCGGCGUCAAUCGGACGUAUCUAUUCCUUGGCGGUAUCGGCAUCACGAUACUCUGGCUGGCGUUUGGCUUCGCCGGACAGCUCGUCUGCAACACCAUCGGCUUCGCGUAUCCAGCUUAUGUGUCCAUCCAUGCCAUCGAGACUGCCAGAGCCGAUGACGACAAGAAAUGGCUCACUUACUGGGUGAUCUUUGCCAUCUUCUCCAUUUUUGAAUUCUUUGUGGAUCUAAUCACCAGGUGGAUCCCACUCUAUUGGCUUCUGAAGUGCCUCUUCCUGGUUUGGUUGAUGAUCCCCACUGACUUCAAUGGUUCCAUCAUCUUGUACAAUAGCGUCGUGAGGCCAUACUUCCUCAAGCACAAAAGUGCCGUAGACGAGGCCAUUGACAAAGGCGUCAAAGCAGCAAGCAAACUUUUAAACAAGGACCAAUAGGUUUGGGGGGUAGUUCAACACAGCCAUUAGCAAUAGCAAAGGGUUAAAAAUUAAUUAAUUAAUUGUAAAUCAUUGUUCGCUCCAUUUUACUCUCUUAUCUACUCAUUUUUAAGGUUGAAUGUUGGGGUGUUGUUUUUAAAGAAGUUUAUUGUGAAUGUACGUCAGUUUCGUAUUUCGAAAUUGCUGACUAUUUUAAAGAGUCAACUGCUUUGGGCUUCACACAUACGAAAUUUGCGCACUACAUACGAAUGACAAACGUAAUAACUAAUGAUGUGAAUAAAUGAUUCAACUAGCA